AAAAUGAGUCGUGUUCAAACAAGCUGAGUUUUAUGCGCACAUAGAGGGAAAAACAUACGGGUGAUGUGAGAGACUCUGCGUUGUUCUUAAAAAGGGUCAUAAAUCUAUUGAAUUUGUUUGACCAAGUCCAAAAUGGCAGACCUGGAUUUAGAUGCAGCUUUUAUCCCAGCUCUCCAUAAGCCAGCAGCUCUACUCCCCAUCGCGAAACAUCGCGAGAGCCUUCUUUAUCUGAUUGAAAAAUACCCAGUCACUAUUGUCAUAGGCCAAACUGGUUCUGGAAAAACAACACAAAUACCUCAAUUCCUAGAACGAGCAGGAUGGUGUUCAGAUGGAAAGAUCAUUGGCGUCACUCAGCCUCGUCGUGUCGCGGCAACCACAGUUGCGGUGCGAGUCGCCGAAGAAGUUGGCUGUGAGCUUGGCAAAGAAGUCGGAUACUCAAUUCGAUUCGAGGAUGUGACCUCGGCAUCAACAAAGAUAAAGUUUCUCACAGAUGGCCUCCUCAUCAGAGAAGCUCUCGUCGACCCAUUGCUGACGCGUUACUCGGUUAUCAUGGUUGACGAGGCACAUGAGAGGUCUAUCAGCACUGAUGUCUUAUUGGGUCUCCUAAAGAAGAUUCGCCGAAAGCGACCCGAGUUGCGUAUCAUCAUCAGCAGUGCUACUCUUCAAGCUAAGGAGUUCUUGGAAUUCUUCACAAGAAGCAGUGAUGAUCAGCCAAACAAAACAGACAAAAAUGAUGAAAUCGGGACCAUCGUCAGUCUCGAAGGGAGAACUUAUCCAAUAGACAUACUCUACUUGGAGUCACCGGCAGAGAACUAUGUUGAGAAAGCAAUUGACGUGGUCUUUGAUAUUCAUACCCAAGAAGGCGAAGGAGAUAUCCUAGUUUUCUUGACUGGCCGAGAGGAAAUCGACAAUGCGAUACAAGCAGUCAGCGAGCGCAUGCUUGAUCUUGGCUCAAAACACGGGCCCCUGAUGCCAUUGCCAUUAUAUGCUGGCUUGUCUACCGAACAGCAGAUGUACGUGUUUGACAAGCCGCCAGAGGGCACCCGAAAGGUUGUCUUCUCUACGAAUAUCGCUGAAGCAUCAGUCACAAUCGAUGGAAUUGUAUUCGUGGUGGAUAGUGGAUUCGUCAAACUAAGAGCAUAUGACCCAAGGACUGGCAUAGAGUCACUCACUGCUGUAGCAUUAUCGAAAGCGGCAGCGUCCCAACGUGCCGGAAGAGCUGGCCGAACAAAACCUGGAAAAUGCUUCCGGCUUUACACGGAGCAGAGUUACCAGUCGCUGCCGGAUGCCAAUGUCCCUGAGCUUCAGAGGUCGAACUUGGCACCUGUAGUCCUGCAACUCAAGGCUUUAGGAAUAGACAAUAUCGUGCGGUUCGAUUUUCUAUCUCCGCCACCAUCUGAACUCAUGGAAAAGGCUCUUGAGUUGCUCUAUGCUCUAGGAGCUUUGGAUGAGUAUGCCAAGCUCACUCGACCUAUGGGCUCAAGGAUGGCCGAGUUGGCCGUUGAGCCUAUGAUGGCGAAAACCCUACUAGCGGCACCGUCCUUUGGAUGCCUCAGCGAAGUGCUUACAAUCGCGGCAAUGACCAGUCUCGGAGGCAGUGUAUGGUUCUCUCACGAAGGCGAGAAAAAGAAGAUGGAGACAUCACGCAGAAAGUUCGCCGUGGAUGAGGGCGACCACUUGACUCUUCUUAACGCCUACCAAGCCUUUGUUACAAAGGGACGAAAAGAAGCAAAGUUCUGUCAUGAAAACAACCUCAACUUCAAGUCCAUGAGUCGAGCAGUCAGUAUCAGAGCUCAACUAAAACGGUAUCUCGAGCGAUUCAGCAUUAAUAUAGACGAGACGCUCGCUGGACAAGCAUCACCGGAGGCGAACGUCAAAAAAGCAGAACAGAUCCGCCGUUGUCUUACAUCGGGCUACUUUGCCCACGCAGCAAGGAUGCAACCAGACGGAACGUUUCGCAACGUCGAGGGCAACAUGGUUCUUCACGCACAUCCAAGUUCACUAAUGUUCAACCGCAAAGCGGAUUGGGUCAUAUUCCAUGAAGCAAUGGAGACGGGUAGCAAGAUAUUCAUCCGGGAUGUCACCAAGAUCGAGAAAGGAUGGCUCUUGGAAUAUGCGCCAGAAUUUUACCAAAUCACGACAGAUCGGAGAGGAUGAGGGGUCGAUAUGAAGGGAGAUGGGGCCAUCGAUAUAUGAAACUGCCAGGUCGGGGAUAACUAGGAUGGUAUAUGAAUGGCGGUUUCAAAGCUUCGGGAUCAAGGAUAGCAAUAUUGGUUAAGGUGUGAGGCAUUUCCCCACAGUGAAAAUAUCAUUUGCUUGAUUUAUAAAGUGAGAUGACAUGACUGGAGGAAGCCUUGGCUGGUCAAGGGAGUCCUUGAUUCCGACAUAAACUGCUAUGGAUACCCAUGGAUGUUAAGCUGUUAGCCUGCCUGUCAAACACUGACCGCCAUUGGAUCAGACGAAUCCCCAAUAUUGAUGUUUUCGUAUGGUAAUAGCCUGGAUGACGGUGAACGGGCCGAAGGCAAGGCAAAAC